CUGCGGCAGGCGGCCGGCGGGGCGGUGACGUUGGCGCAGGCCAGAGGGCGGGGAGGAGGAAGAGGAGGAGACCGGGCGCCUUCGGAGCGGAGGCGGCCGCGUCCCGCGUAGGCUCCGGGCGGCUCUCGGGGCCGCGAUGCGCUCGGCCUGAGCUCUCCCUCCGCAGCUCUCCCGCUUCGGACCUCCGCGGGGCGAGGGGCCGCGAUGGCCGCGGGCGGCUGGCAGGAGGCGGCGGCCCGGCAGGCCGAGCAGACGGCGGCCCGGGUGCGGGACGUGCUGUCGGGCGGCCUGGGCCUGCUGCGCGCCGAGCUGGGCCUGGAGCUGGGCCUCGACCCCCAGGGCCUGCCCACCUGGCUCGCCCUGGCGCUCCCGGCCGCGCUGGGGCUGGCGCUGCUGGGGCUGCUCCUGGCCGCGGCCUGCGGAGGAGGGCUCCGCAAGAAGGCGGCGCGGAGCGCGGCCGAGAGGAAGGGCGACGAGGCGGCGGCCCUGACGGCCGGCGGGGGCCCGGGCAGGGCGGCGGGGCCGGGGCUGCUGAAGGGCGACGAGCAGAAGAAGAGGAGCAGGAAGAAGCUGCAGGAGAAAGCGGCGAGGCCUAAUGGACGGUCUUUCCUUGAUGUAUCUGAGGAUGAAGUAAUACAGCCCGUCCGUAAGGAAAAUACAAAGCAGCCGUUGGAUGCAGAAAAGAAGAAUGAAAAGUCAAAGAAGAAAAAGAAAUCAAAGGGAGAUGCUAAAACAGCUCUGGAUGCAUCACGUCUAGAUGGCAAAGAAGCUGAUGAAGGAACCUGGGAAACAAAAAUCAGUAACAGAGAAAAGCGUCAGCAGCGCAAGCGAGACAAGGUGAUGACUGAUGGUGGUUCAGGAGAAUCAAAUCUCCAAGGAACAGAGAACACAGCUGCUGUAUCCAUUGAACAACUGAUGCCCCCACCAUCACUUCCAGUUGGUCUCAGAAAAAAUAAAGGUGAUGCUCUUCUGAAUGUGCAAGUUAGCAGCUCUAAACCUUCAAAGGGGGAGUCAUCAGUUCCACAAGUUUCCCCAGGAUUAAAUGAAAGCCAUACAGUAAAUGGUGGAAGCUGGAAUGAGAAGCCUGUAAAAAUCUCCUCACAGAUUGGUGUAGGAGAGGAAAAAUGGACUCCUGUUUCCUCAGCUACAGCUGGGAAGAGGAAGACUGAGACAUCUGCCUGGGCCCAGGAAACUGCAGAUGCUAAUGGAAAUGGAAAGGACUGGGGCGUAACCCUGGUGAGCAGGCCCUGGAAGGAGCGUUCUUUGUUCACUCCUAUUGAUGCUUGGAAGGUAGAUGCAAGGAUUAAUACCUCUGAACAGAAUUCUACUUCUUUCUCUUCUUUUGGAUUAACUCCUGCAGUUUCUGGAUCCAACAAUGAAUCGGUUUCUCAGGCUGGUACUUCUGAUUUUCCAUGGGAUUUAAGUCACGCUCAGCCCCCUGUUGAUGAUGAAUGGUCUGGGUUAAAUGGACUUUCUUCUGCUGACCCUAGCUCUGAUUGGAAUGCACCAGCAGAAGAGUGGGGAAACUGGGUAGAUGAAGAAAAAGUUGCAUCUGUUCCACAGCCUGAAGAGGCAUUAUCUGAUGUUCAGAAGGCUUUAGAUAAUGAAAGAGAAAAAGCAGAGCCAGUUCUUCAGAGUUCUACAAGUGGGAAGUCCAAGAAAAAGAAGAAGAAAAAGAAGAAGCAGGGUGAAGAAGCUAACUCUCCUUCACAGGACACUGAAGAACUGGAUAGAGAAGCUAGAGAGGAAUUUCAAGAGGAUACCUCAAAAGCUAAACCACAGCAGGAAAUAGCUUUUUCUCUGAAGACCAUAAGUACUAGUGAACCAGCUAAGCCUGAGGAGGCUCCUUCUCUUGCUGUUUCUACUGAGCCAUCUGUAAUUGUAUCAGAGAGUGAUUCUGUCAAGAUUGCUUCCCAAGUGCCACAGAUGCUGCAAGAGACAGAUGUUUCUAGUCCCAGUAUUAAGCAAAACAGUGUGCCUCCUCCCCAGACAAAGUCUGAAGAAAGCUGGGAAUCCCCCAAGCAAGUUAAAAAGAAGAAAAAAGCAAGGAGGGAAACGUGAACUUCCUGAGAUGGACAUGCGUUGCUGAAUACUGUCAUGAAGAUUAUGCUGUUUAUGCAAUAAUUUGUGAACAUGUACAGAAUUUUAUAAGUUUCAAACAAUUUUUAAAAACAGAACUGCUGUGAACACAAACAUCUUCAAAAAGGAAUCAAACGAAAGUAACUUUAUAAUAUAGGAAACAGAACAUGCUACAUUUGAAAGACAUUCUGAAGAGUCUGUUUUUCCAACUUUUGGAGAGAGAUCUUAAUUAAAAAAAAAAACUGGUUUUACAACACAGUGCCCUGUUUACAACAGAUUAUAUUCUCAUCUACUGCUGCGGAUAAAAGGUUAAUUUCAAGGGAGGGUUUUCUGUAAAAAUAUUUGUCUGUACAAUAGUGGGUGUUUCUUGCCUCUCUUGUGGGUGAUGCAGUAGAAGCACAGAAUGUCAACCAUUUGAAUUUGUUUCAUGCCUAAAUCAAAGUGCUUUGAUUUAAUAUGUAAUCUGCCAUAUCCUUACAGUAAGUUGGUUAGCGAGUCUGCUAGCUAGUACAGGAAUCUCAAGUGCAAAUCAUAACCAUUUGUACGAGUCAGACCUUCACGGUUUGUAUAUGAAGUUAACACAAUAAAACUACUUUGGGUUAAAA